UGACAAUUAUAAAUACCCCUUUUCAUACGUCUUCCCCUUUAACCUUCAUUUCAUAUCUUCUUUUCUCUCUCCCUCUCUCUCUCAUCCCUUAAAAUUUACAUCUUUUAAUUUCCAAGAACUUAUCUUUUUGGAAGUCAUGAGUCACUACAACCAACAACAAGCUCCCGUGGCAUAUCCCUCACCAGUGACUGCAUAUCCAGCACAGCCUCAAGGCCCUUAUGUAGCACCACCACCACCAAUUGGUUAUCCCACCAAGGUUGACUCUGGCUAUCCCCAACACACUGCUCCAAUAGAAACUACAAGUAGGGGUGAUGAUGGGUUUUGGAAAGGAUGUUGUGCUGCCCUGUGCUGCUGCUGGGUCUUUGAUGUGUGCUGUUGCUGAGAGCCUGAAACUAUAUAUUUAAUUUAUUUAGAAGCCUAAUAGUAGUAGAUCAUCAUAUGUAAGACAAUAUUUUCUCUCCUUUGAAAAGAGAAAUAAUAUUAGCAAUUUGAAGGCAAAGGUGAUAUCAGUCCAGGAUUUGAGAAUGUGUAAUUGUUAAGUACUGUUUUCGGGUAUAAUAUUUGGAAUAAUAUGGUGAUUAUGUCUGGAUUUAUUACAGAAGGAUUAAGCA